AUGAGCGAAAAGACACGUCUAGCGGGGUUAGACUCGAACCAACGACCUCGGCCAACCGGACGAGGGCUGGAUCAAUCGAGCCGCAGAGGAUGGUCGCUUUCCAUCAUAAUCAUAUACCUGAACUUCGCUCAGCUAGAACGGCACGCUUCCGGGCCGGUGUACAUAGUCGCGAUUGCAAACAUCACAGAUUCGGUAAAACAAUCCCAAACAGAUAUGUCAACUGAGGAAGUUCCCGCUCGUGUAGCUCCUGAGUUCGUUGUCGGUCUCCUUUGUGGAAGUAGUGGAAGUGCUCCUGGCGCAACAGCCACAAUGCCACCACCUCCACCCGGAUUCACCGCUCACGAUACCUCCAGCUUAGCCUCGUUGAAUGAUCAUUUGUCGAUCCUGAACAACGACUCUACCAUAACCACUACCACUUCAGCGAUGAAUUGUGAAGCGAUCAGCAACACCUUCCCUUGUCGUUGGUCCGCUGCUAUGACAUCGAAAUCCAGCCAUCUGUUAGCCCUAUCACACUAUUAUCGAUACGAAUAA